AAAUUUCUCUCUCACCAAUGCAUAAACAUUAUAAAUAUCGGUAACUACAAUAUUGUCAUUUCCAUUUCCUAAUAUAUACAAGCAAACCUAAAUAAACUAGUCUUAUAAAAAAAUGAAUUUCUCGUCCUACCCUCCCUUCUUCCGCCCAAACCACAACGGCCAAUUACACUCGGUCGAGCAGAACUCUCUCGAAUUCGAUUCGGAUUCGAGUCCUCAAUCCGCGAGGCUUCCAUUAAUGGAUUUCGAGGCCCUCGACCGCGCACACCUGAGCGAGGUGUGCCGCGAGUGGGGCAUGUUCAGGCUGACCAACCACGGCGUGCCCGCGGAGCUGCUGAGCCAGCUCCACGAUCACGCCAACGAGCUAUUCUCGCGCGACUUCGAAUCCAAAGAGGGGAUUAUUCCCACCACUCCUAUGCUCUACUUCUGGGGCAAUCCUGCUCUCACCAUGUCUGCAAAUGCUCACCACAAAGCCUCUCCUUCUGACAACUACCACAACUGGCUCGAAGGCCUCAAUGUUUCACUCAACAACAUUUCUCAUUCCCAUUACCAAGAUCCACUCCUUGAAUCUUUCAGGUUUUUACUAGAGGAAUAUGGGAGGCAUCAAACAAGGCUGGCAAAGGCCAUAUUCAGCGCCAUGGCUGAAGACCUCGGUUUCUCACUACCCAAAUCAAUGUCGUACCUAUCUCCGGCCACCGGAAUCAUACGUGUGUAUCGAUACAUGCGAUGCCCGGCUGCGGACCGGAGAUGGGGCAUCCCUGACCACACAGACAGCUCUGUGCUGUCCAUAAUUCACCAGGAUCAAGUGGGGGGGCUUCAAGUUUGGAAGAACAAUCAGUGGCUGGAUGUGGACCCCAUUCAUGACACACUCAUUGUCAAUCUUGGGGACAUGAUGCAGGCGAUGAGUGAUGACAAAUAUGUAAGCGUGAGGCACAGAGUGAAGGUGAACAGGGUGAAGGAGAGGGUGUCGAUAGGGUAUUUCGUGUUCCCGGCUGAGGAUGGAGUGAUAGAGACCUCCAACUACAAGCCUUUCACUUAUGCAGACUUCAAAGCUAGGAAUGAACUUGACCUCAAGAUCCAUGGUGUCAAGAUUGGGCUUCCUAGAUUCAGGAAGGAACAAUCUGUUUGACCACCAUUGGUCAAUUGGGGAAGCCUCCUUAUGUUGACUUUAAACUUUGUUUUGAUUCCUCACGUAACUUAAUAUUGAGGUGUCCCACAUCAUAGUAGAAUAGAUCCUCACAUUCCUUGACAAAAUUACUUCGUAAUUAUUAGAUUGGAUACAUUUUCUUACUCCUA